ACCCCUGGCGGCAUGGAAGAGCGCGGCGAUUCCGAGCCGGUCCCCGGCUGCAGCGGUCUGAGCCCGGGCGGCGCUCUUGGCGGCGGCGGCGCCCACCCAUGGGCCCCGGAGGACUCCUGGAUGGGCACGCACCCAAAGUAUUUAGAAAUGAUGGAAUUAGAUAUAGGAGAUGCUACCCAAGUUUAUAUCGCAUUCUUGGUUUACCUGGACCUCAUGGAGAGUAAGAGUUGGCAUGAAGUAAACUGUGUGGGGUUACCGGACCUCCAGCUCAUCUGCCUCGUCGGCACUGAGAUAGAGGGAGAAGGGUUACAGACCGUGGUGCCUACGUCCGUCAGCGCGUCCCUCAGCCAUAACAGGAUAAGGGAGAUCCUGAAGGCAUCUCGAAAACUGCAAGGUGACCCGGACUUGCCGAUGUCUUUCACUUUGGCCAUAGUGGAGUCCGAUUCCACAAUAGUCUAUUAUAAACUUACCGACGGAUUUAUGCUGCCAGACCCUCAGAAUAUUUCCCUUAGAAGAUGACACCUACACUUCCGGUGCUAACUUUAUUCAUACAAGGUUGGAUCUGAGACCCAUGAACCUGCGUAAUCUUUGAUCUCAGAGACAGUCAGGGUUGACUUAGCUGGUCCCAUUCCAUAGUUCCUUUCUAAAGUAUAGAACUUUCCUCGAUAGGAGGACUCAUAGUUGUUCAAAAAUAUGGGAUAGUUGUUCUAAAACUUCCUUAUCUGGAGACAGUUUAGUUACCAGUUUACGCCUCGGAUGUGUUAGGGGUGGAACCCUGUUUCUCCUCUCACUCCCCACUCACAGCUGCCUCGUUGUUUGCUGCUGCUGCUGCUGCUGCAAGCGUUUGUUGGUACUGCCACCUCGUUCCCUCGCUCAGCCCCCUUGGCACCUGUGGCUGCUGCUGCCACCUUGGAAUGCCUCUCAUACCCCCCUUGGGAGCUGGAGAGUUUACUUCAGUCUGGUGUUUCAUCACAACAGAAAGUAAAAAGGUUCUUUCAGUUGUUUUUAAUGUUGCGGUUACUGUUACUUUCCUCUUCGGUUUACUUUAAAUCAAACUUACGAAUAUGUUCAUCCAGAGUAUAAACUUGCCUAGAUUAAUAGGGAGCAGAGAAGUGUCACCUACAGAGUAUUGAACCUUCCUUUCCCUUCUUAUGACCACGACCCUGUAUCAGCAGGAGACUA